ACUUCACCAACAACAACUCAACACAGAGGUCGGUCUUGUGAAGAGCAUUCGUGAAUUCUGGAAUAUUGUUGCUUGUUAAAAGCUUAGGUGAUGCAAAGACAUUCGGCACUGUUCAGGAAUGUGACUGUGUUUCAUUGACAAUUGUUUUGAACAAUGUCAAUUUAACGCAUUGAUAUUGCCCUUGGUGGCUAGCAUUAGCCAGCUAGCUAGCGUCUUUACGUCUGAGAGACUGGAGCGUGCUGCUGGUGAAGAGAAAGGGCAUCCUGGCUGACAACAAUCGGACUGUCUCGGGACUUCAAUUUUAAUUUGUUGCAACUAUGAAGUUAACGCAGUUUUUGCUAAAGAACAGCUCCAUACCGAAACAAGCACUAGUGGAUAGGUUUUCCAAGUUCUCGCCUUCGCCGCUGUCAAUGAAACAAUUCAUUGACUUUGGCUCAGCCAAUGCCUGUGAGAAGACGUCCUUUGUGUUCCUGCGUCAGGAGCUUCCUGUCCGGCUGGCCAACAUCAUGAAGGAGAUCGACUUCCUCCCUGACAAGCUUCUCAGCACCCCCUCACUACAGCUGCUACAGAGCUGGUAUGCAACAAGUCUGAUGGAGCUUGUGGGCUUCCUGGAGAAAGAUCCUGAUAAUAAAACAAUCCUAAAGAAGUUCACUGAGACGCUGGUGAACGUCAGGAACCGUCACAACAACGUGGUCCCCACCAUGGCCCAGGGCGUAGUGGAGUACAAGGAGGCUUUUGGCUCUGACCCCGUGACCAAUCAGAACGUCCAAUACUUUCUGGAUCGCUUCUACAUGAGCCGCAUCUCCACCCGCAUGCUCAUGAACCAGCACUCUCUCAUCUUUGAUGGAAGUGCCAACCCUGCCCAUCCCAAGCACAUUGGCACCAUCGACCCCGACUGUGACGUGACAGAGGUGGUAAAAGAUGCCUUCGAUAGUUCCAAGAUGCUCUGUGAGCAGUACUACCUGACCUCACCAGAGAUUGACAUCACACAAGUCAACGCCAAAGGUCCUGACCAGCCUCUUCGUAUUGUCUAUGUGCCUUCCCAUCUCUACCACAUGCUGUUUGAGCUCUUCAAGAACGCCAUGAGAGCAACAGUGGAGACUCAUGAAAUGGCCCUGCAUCUCCCGCCGGUCAAAGUUCGAGUCUCACUGGGCAGUGAAGACCUGACAAUCAAGAUAUCAGAUCGAGGUGGAGGAGUUCCCCUGAGGAAGAUAGAGCGUUUGUUCAGCUACAUGUACUCCACCGCCCCCAGCCCCGUCGAUAUUGACAACUCACGCAACGCUCCACUGGCUGGUUUCGGCUACGGUCUUCCCAUCUCCCGUCUCUAUGCCAAGUACUUCCAAGGAGACCUGCAGCUCUACUCCAUGGAGGGAUAUGGGACGUCAGCUGUCAUCUACCUGAAGGCCUUGUCCUCAGAUUCUGUGGAAAGACUUCCUGUUUACAACCAGUCAGCUAUAAGGCAUUACCAGACGAGCAACGAGGCAGAUGACUGGUGCAUGCCCAGCAAGGAUCCCAAGAAGCUGGGGAAGUAUGAGAGGAGAAGUCAAUAGGGGUGUAACGGUACAGGUGUUAGUACCGAACCGUUCGGUAGGGGGCCUCGUUUAAGUCUGCACUCAACUAGAAUGAAUACAUUUAAUAAAAUAUAUACAAAAUAAAAGGCCUAUAGGCUAUGCCUACGCUGCGUUGUGGGCCGGUGCCUCGAGUAAAUUAGUUUUAUUUUUUAGGGCUAUUCUGUUAAAACAACUAGAGCCUAUAUGCACAUUGUAAUCUAAAUUCAAAUCUUAAUUGGCACAUUUCAAACUGUCCUUUUGUGAGGCGCAUCCAGGAACUAGUUCUGUACGAUGGCGAGUGGUGGGGUGGAUAAACCAGCAGGAUGCUCCGUCGUUUAAAUCUCCAGUUUGGGAAUGUUUUGGCUUCCCAGUAAAUCACAUUGGUAAUGGACAGAGAGUUGUGGAUAAGACGUUAACCGUAUGUCGCCACAACUCAACGAGAAUAGGCUAUCCAGCUGCCAACACCUCCAAUAUGUCGACGUCACAAGACGGAAACGGAAAGAAACAACCCAAAAUCACCUCCCCUCUGCAUUCAAGCAGCCCUUGGGAACUGGUUCUGACCGGCCAAAAAUGACACGAGCAAUCGGUAGGCUGUGUUUAUAUUUUUUACAGUCUUUGGUUUAAAGCCGCGCCCGUUCUCAGUGGUUGAGAAUAGGGAAUUCCAGCACCUUGUAAAAAUGCUCGAUCCACGUUGUGAACUUCCCUCUUGCACCCAUGUCAGGUUAUACCCGCACUAUAUAAGCAAGCCACAGUUUUCUAGGAAUUGGCCAAUGCACCCUGUGUUGCGAUUACUUAAAAGUGACAGCCCAUCACCUUACCCCGGAGUGGGAGACGUACCGCGCUACAGACACUCACCCUUUAUGAGAAAUCACAAGUGUGCAUCUGGGACUAAAUGUAUGACUUCACAACUGGUAAAUUCCCAUCUCUCACAUGGUUACAAAUGCAGCAUCAGUGUGAAAACGUAAUUUUCCUGCUGUACCGAAACCAAACCGUGACCCCAAAACCCCAAUACAUACCGAACCGUGGAUUUGGUGAACCGUUACACCCCUAGAAGUUAACCAAACAAACUGAGCUAGCAGGAAGAACAAAGGAGGAUCAAACUGACAGAAGGCACACAGUUGUACCCACAGCUAUUACCGUGUGUGAGAGAGAGAUGUGGAUUCCUCUCGCAAUGGAUAUUCUCAUACAUUCACUUGAAGUGGAAAAACACAUCACUGUCGGAGGCGUUUCAAUGGCAAUACCAGGAUCUCAAUUCAAUAAGUGACUUCAUGAAUGUUAGUUAGUAACAGGGUCGUACACUACUCACAAUCAUCUUUUCUUCUGGUUAUAAUUUAACCACAGGUUUCAGUUAUUUAUUCCGCUCACUUAUUUGAACGUUAUUACACAGUGUAAGCUAGUGUUUUUCGCUUAUUAUUAAAAGGGUGAAUGUUUAACGAUAAUUUAAUUUAUCAAUCGACUGAAUUAGGUUAGUACAGCUAAUGUCACAGCACUAUAAUCUGUGAUACUACAUUUUUUAAAUGUGAAUUUAGUUCUUAACUCUUCACUCACAGCUACGGUUUGCAGCUUGGACACUGAGCUCUAUGGACACAGACAGAUAGUGUGUCAGUCAGAAACAUGAUAAGGCCAUGCUGUCAGUCAAUGGAUUUUCUUUGAUUACCCUUCUACUACAGAUUGUUCUGUAGAUGGGGUGGGGGUUGUGGGGUACAUAGCGGCCUCCGACUCGUAGACUCUGUUUAGUUUCAGCUCUGAGCAUGUCACUUUUUUUUACCCCUCACAAAUAUUUGUCCACCUCGAACUUUAGACAAAGUUCAUCUACAAAAGGGAUUUUAUUUGGGAUUGUAUUUAUCCUAAAGGGAUUUUAUUUGGGUUCCCCCCAUCAACUGUUUUUCUUGGUGCCAUUUUGAGUUACACCCUGGCUUGUUUAAUAAGAUGAGAUGAAAUCCAAGGUCCAUUCAAGGUUUCCUAUAAAGAAAGUAAAUAUUGAAGAGA